UACGCAAAGUAGCAGCGGCGCCGAAGUAAUAAAAGCGCAAAGUUGCUCGCAAAUAAAAGAAGAGACGGACAGGCUCUUCCUCUCUCAGUCCUCUCCCGGUUCUCCUCUCCGCAGAGAGCCGUCCUCGUAGAUAGCAGCCGCACUGGUGGACCGGCCUGCCAUUGUCAGUGGCAGCGUUGCAGCGGUCCGGUCUGAGCUCCUCUUUUUUCGGCGAGGCAUCGUCGCCCUCCUCCGUCUCGUCGCCGUCGUCUGCUCUUUCGUCCGGUUGUUCGCCGCCCCGUGUGAUGCGUGCCCGUGGAUAGCGCGUCGCCCCCUUCUGGAUGCCCCACCAGGGGCCAACUCGUCGUGCGAUGUCGCCCACACCGGCUUGGCCCAUGCGGCACUUCACAUUCUCGGCCGUGGCGUAAGCCGGAGAGCCAUGGCACGAUGUCGACACGGGCCUGGUCCAGGUUAACACCGCUGGUCGCAUUCCUGGCCGCAUGCAUCGUCAGCACGCAAGGAGGGAGCAACACAUUUCCAAGGUUUUCCUUGGGCGGCAUCAGCGAGAUCGUAGUCAGGAUCAAAGAAGGACCGGGCAGCCUAGGCCAGCCGCUGUACCGGCUUCGGGGCGAAGAUGCGGACGGCGACACACUCACGUUCGGGGCGCAGGGUCCCGAGGGGCCCGAAAUCCUGCGCUUCGAACGGGUCAGCGCCACCGAAGCCGACGUCUUCCUGCGACACGAGCUGGACAGAGAGGUGAAGGACUCGCACACCAUAGUCCUCACUCUCACAGACGGGCGCUUGCCCGAAGGCCAAUACAUCACACAGACAAUGUUAAUAAUCGUCGAUGACGUCAAUGACAAUGAGCCAGUAUUCAAGCAGUACAGAAGUACCAUCACAGUUCCAGAGGACGCCUCCCCACAUGUCAUUGAUACAGUUGAAGCCAUCGACCGCGACCAAGGUCCUUUCGGCCAAGUUAUUUAUCAGCUACAAAACACGGACCCGGAAACGACGUCCACAUUCUCAGUGCACCAGGAUAAAGGAAAAGGCAUCAUCUCGCUUACCGGACCACUCGACUACGAGCGCAAGUUCAUCUACGAACUUCGUGUGCUUGCCAUUGAUCGUGCCAACGCGGGUCCUCGCCACACGGCCACCGCCGUGGUGCUCGUCAAGGUGGACGACGUGGAAGAUCAGCCUCCCAUCUUCACCCAGGUGCCUCCGGUGACCAGGAUAUCUGAGGAUCUGCCACUGAACUCUGUCGUGCUCACGGUGAAGGCGAUGGACGGUGACCGUGGGGUGAACAACGCUAUUCACUACAGCAUCGUUUCAGGUGGCAACGAUUUGUUUGCUAUCGACCGUGAAACGGGCGUCGUGUCAGUCAAAGGACGCCUCGACAGGGAGGCGACCGAAAACAGGAACGGAGCCUUCAUUCUACUUGUUCAGGCGCAAGAGGUGUCCGGAAAGGUGAGGCCGGCGCCGAGCACGCGCACCGAGGUAACAGUGCUGCUGACAGACGUGAACGACGAGGAGCCGGCGUUCCGCAGCCGGCGCUACAUCGCCGAAAUCAACGAGAAUGCGCAGAUCAACGUGCCCGUCAACUUUGUCGGAGAGAGCGUGCCGGAGGUCUUCGACCACGAUCAGGGUAGCAACGGCACUUUCCAAUUGUUCCUUCAAGAAGACAAUGGCGUCUUUGACGUCACGCCUGCCAUCGGCGUCAACGAGGCUUCCUUCAUGAUCCGUGUUAAAAACCCCGAUUACUUGGACUACGAGCGAGUCAAGGUCAUGAACUUCAAGAUCGUGGCGCGGGAGAUGGUGUCCAACCAGCCCAAGACGUCGACGGCCGACGUGACGGUGCACAUAAAGGACGCCAACGACAACUUUCCGGUGUUCCGCGAGGACUUGUACCGGGCAACCAUCCCCGAAAACGCGGCCGCUGGAACUGUGGUCGCCGUUGUCAGGGCUGAAGAUGCGGACUCGGAAAUUUACGGCACCGCUGGGAUCCGUUACACCAGUAUCCGGGGUCAAAUAGCCGACAAGCUGCGGCUGGACCCCGAGACGGGCAAGGUGGUGGUGGCCACGUCGGCGCACGGCCUGGACCGCGAGACUGCGCCCGAGCACUUCCUCACGGUGGAGGCGCGCGACGAGAACGGCCGCGGAAACCGCAACACCGUCCAACUACAUCUGGUGCUCGAGGACAUCAACGACAACGCGCCGGCCUUUGUGCUGCCUUCCUACGAGGCCCGCAUACGCGAGAACGCGCUGGACUUCCGCACUCCGCUCGUCGUCAUGGCCGUAGACGCCGACCAAGCUGGCGGACCCAACAGUCAGGUCCGCUACCAAAUAGUGCACGGGGACCCUGACAACAACUUCACCAUCGACGAGGUCAAGGGCCGCAUCAAGCCUAGGUUGCCGCUGGACUUCGAGCGGAUCGCGCAACCCAGGGGUGAUGUCCGAACGUUUAACCUUCUCGUUCGCGCCUACGACAUGGGCAGACCGUCGCUCUCGAGCAACGUCACUGUAGUCGUCUACGUGCAAGACGUCAACGACCACGCGCCCGAGUUCCCCACAGACUUCGUGUCCAAGGCCAUUCCAGAAGACAUCCAGGAAGGCACAGCCGUGGUCCGGGUGCUCGCUGAGGACCGCGAUCACUCGCCCAGUAACAGCAAGGUUGUCUACCGAAUUCAGAAUGGCGCACAGGAUAAGUUCGUCAUCGACGCCCUGACAGGUGUCAUCUCUGUGGCGCCCGGUGCCAACAUGGACCCGGAUAGGACGUUUCCGAAGUCAAUACUCUACAGCCUUCAGAUCCUGGCUCUCGACGGUGGCCUCGGGGAGCAGCAGAAGUCUUCGAUGGUUACCGUCAACAUCUCCAUCAUCGACGUCAACAACAAGGCACCCAGGUUCGAGGAACCUGGCGCCGUGAACCUAGUGGAGAACAGCGUUCCGGGUCAUACUGUGGCCGUGGUUCGCGCCACCGACCAGGACGAUCGGCCCAUGCUCAGGUACUCGUUGUGUCAUGGAACUGCCAGCGAGGCACGGAACGAAGAUGGCGGCCUCGUAAGCGAAUUCGAUGCUGAGCAGAGCUUCGAGAUCAACAACAUCGAAGGAAAAGUCAUGGUCAAGUCUAACAUUGACCGGGAGGUGACGGAGUCCAUAAAGCUGUGCGUCAAAGUCGAGGACAUGGCCGCGGCAACACCUGGGCAAACGGCGACAGCAACACUUACUGUCAACGUAGUCGACGUCAACGACAACAGACCAAGCUUCAAGAAAUCUUUCUACCGCCAAACAGUCACUGAAAACUCAAUGGUUGGCGCACCAAUCGUCACCGCCAGAGCGAUAGAUGCAGACAAGAACAGGACGGUAUAUUAUUCCUUGGAAGGGAGGAUGGAAUACCUCGCACUAAUAGGAAUUGACCGCAAAACAGGCGAGGUGACCGUGGCAGACAAGAUCGACCGUGAGGCAUAUGGCUGGAUAAACGUGACGCUCAAGGCGACCGACUCGGGCGUGCCCCCAUUGUCCGGAGCCACCGAGCUACAGAUACAGGUGCUGGAUGAGAACGACAACAACCCCAUCUUCCGGCCUGGCCCCUCCGAGUUUGCUGUCUCGGAGGACGCCCCUGUGGGUUCCUCAGUGGCAGCCGUGCAGGCGGUAGACGCCGACGUCGGCGAGUACGGCCGCAUCACAUACGCCUUGGACGCUGCCGGCACCGACGGAAAGUUCAAGAUUGACCGAGACACGGGUGUGAUUACGGUUACUAUGCCUUUGGACCGAGAAGAAACUUCUUCAUACUCGCUGAUCGUUCAAGCAUGGGACAACUACGAAGCCGGAUUUGGGACGGACGAGAGCAGGAGAACAUUUAAGCAGAUUAGUAUACGUGUACUGGACGUGAACGACGAGGCACCAGUGUUCGUGCGCCAGACGCAUUGUGCCGAGGUCACGGAGUUCAUUCGCAUUCACGAAACGGUGUUCCUGGCUUCAGCCAUGGACGCUGACGACCCGACGACGCCGAACGCCAGGAUAGUGUUCACCAUUCAGGCCGGAUACGAAGCCGAUCUGUUCGAGGUGGAGUCCCUGCCAGACAACACAGCCCGUGUGUCGACGCGCUUCUCGCUCCGGGGUCGUGUGGGCAACGCAACCGUGGUGCUGCGGGCGCAGGACCAGGGCCUGCCGCCGCGCUCAUCGGUGCAGAUGUUCAGCGUCUGCGUAUCCGACGUCAACGACCACAGCCCGGUGUUCGUCAGGCCGCCGCAGAACCACACCAUUCGGAUUCCCGAGAAUGCGACCCUGGGCACUGUGGUGGUGGAAGUGGGCGCGGAGGACAGCGAUUUCGGGGCGAACGCUGAGGUGCGCUACCGGCUGAAGGACCUACCCAACGGCCACUGGAAGACAUUCCGGCUCGACGAGCGCACCGGUGUCAUUACACUGAGACAGACACUGGACCGCGAGACGCAGAAGGUGUACGAGCUCCGUGUUGAAGCCUACGAUUUGGGACAGCCGACGUCUUUAUCGAGUGACCUGGACCUGACUGUGUUCGUGACCGAUGUCAACGACUAUGCACCGGAAUUCACUGAAGAUGUCCACCAGCUCACAUUCACAGAGAAUUUGAAGCCAGGAGUGGAAACGUACAAACUAAUCAGCACGAUCGACAGAGACGAUGACCUUAGCAUCCUGAAGCCAAUACCGUGCUACUACAUAGUCGGGGGAAAUGAGAAAGGCCGCUUUGUGCUGGACAUCUUCACGCACCAGCUGUCCGCCACAGAGCCGCUCGACAGAGAGGAACAGGCCAACUACACGCUGGUGGUGCGCGCUUCGGACGACUGCUUCCACGAGCCACGACCAGUGAGCCGCUUCGACCCCAAAGACAACACGCUCCUUCAGGUCGAGAUCACCGUGCUAGACGUCAAUGACAACCCGCCGAGGUUCGUGAGCCGUAUGUUCACCGGCGGAGUCACCAUGGAGGCAGACUUUGGUGUCGUCUUCAUGACCGUCAAGGCCAUUGAUCGUGACGAAGGCAUCAACAGUCUGGUGAGCUACUACAUCGGCGGGGAAAUCCGGCGGACACUUUCCGAGGGGCUCGAAUCCUUGACGGGGCCGCCGUUCCUCAUCAACCACCGCACUGGAGACUUGAGCCUGAACUUUUACCCGCAAAAGGGCAUGAAGGGAUACUUCGACUUUGAAGUCAUCGCUAACGACACUGAGGGCUUCUAUGACACUGCCAGCGUGUUUAUCUACCUCCUACGUGAAGACCAGCGGGUGCGUUUCGUUCUUCGACUGACGCCAGAAGAGUUCCGUGAGAAAAUGGAAGAGUUUCGAGAGGUACUUGCCAACAUUACUGGGGCCAUUGUAAAUAUUGACGACUACAAGGUUCAUGAAAAUGAAGACGGCUCUGUAGACCGAAAAAAGAGUGACCUCUACUUGCAUUUCGUAAAUCGGGACGACAAUUCGAUUAUGGAGGUGUCCAACGUUCUCACAUUAAUAGACAAGAAUAUUGAGUUCCUGGAUAAGCUCUUCAAAGAGUUCAACGUGCUGUAUAGCGAACCGGCGGACGCCCUGAGCGACGCCGAACGGGAGGAGGACCAGAUGCGCACGUGGCUCAUCGGCCUCUCUGUGUUCCUGUCGGUUAUGCUGGCGCUCGUCAUAUCUCUCUGCCUCGCCCAGAGGAGCCGGUAUGAACGCCAGCUAAAAGCAGCGACUGCGACUGCUUUCGGUUCUCGGGACUCGGCGUUAAACCGCAUGGAUGUGCCAAACACAAACCAGCACUCAGUCGAAGGGUCGAACCCGAUUUGGAUGCACUCGUACGACAACGAAUGGUAUAAAGAAGACGAAGAGACAAGAGCGGCGGACCGCAACUCAUUGGAUGAAAACGCGGUGGCCGAGCCGUCGGGAAGCACGUCCUCUUCGACGGACACGCACCGGCAAACGCAGGACCGCGAGUUCGACUCUGCGCAGCUGUGUUCCGAGGUGUACGUUCUGUCCAACGGCACGGUGCAGAAUAUCAGCAUACCCGUGGGCGGCUCGACCGACUUGCUGUGCCCUGAAGUGGCGGAGCGCAACAACCUCAACAGGAACAACAAGAACGGCGGCUGCCCUUACGCCAGCGUCUUCCUCACCAAAAUGGGGACGCCAAACAGGGCCGGGAAGCUCGAGGUCUCUGAGCUGUGAGCGGGUACGCUUCUCUGGACACACCAAGAACGGAGGAGCUCUGGUGGCGGUUUCAGGAAAGGGAAGCACUUCUUCCGGAAACGACAGCUCAAACAGCAGGCGGGAGGAACCCAAGCAACCCUUGACGGAACAGGCUCCAACGAACUUCGGAAUGGCAGCUCCACGCGCAGCGAUCUUCCAAUCCAAGUUUGAGCUUUCUUGGUUGAGCGGCGAGAAAGGAAACUCUGAUGCUGGGUUCCCCCGUGGGUGUGUCACCUUCAAGUUGAAAGCUGCAAUGCUUUCCUACUUUCCUGCUUUUGGAAGUGAAGGCAUAAACAUGUGCUUGCAACAGCGAAAAAAAAAAAAAAGAUUUCUAAUUUCUAAUUACGGCCACAGCACUGUAACAGAAGGGCGUCACAGCAGCUGCCAAGUCUUCAUUUGGUUGCACCACGCAGGCUGUCGUCACAAGGCGUGCGCAACGUAGACCACGGCCCAUGUAUUGACUGACAACAAGUAUGGUACGAGACCAGCCUUUAACCUCGGACGCCAUUCUCCACGUGUCGUUCCAAGGUUUCGGGGUUCAGUGGACAGUACCGAAAGGACUGUGCGCCGAUGGGGCCUCAGGCCAAAGACUACUGAUGUCAGUGAUGGAUGGUGCAAGUGCGAAUUGCUGUGCCCAGAGUGACGAUGUGUGAAUCGGUGUGUUAAACGUAGCACUUUCCACUUAUCCUGAUUUCAGCUGUGCCUAAAUAUAAUAAGUAGACUGGAUGCAAGCGGUGCCCGCAACCUGAGGACUACUUCGACUUGGCCGUAUCAGAAUUCUUUGACCGGCCAAUGCCCAAAAUGUGCUAAUCUGGCAGUCGCUUUCGUUUAGAGGCUGGUGUAUGAGGGUUCUUCUGUCGGCCUUUUUUUUUCUUUUUUUUGUUUCAAAAUUUUGCAGCUUGUAAAACGCUAAAAGCAAGUUCGGCUUCCCUGCAAUUUCAAAGCAUUUCGUUAGCCUCUUUCAGUCUCCCAAGAGCAGGCUAGCCUACAUUGGCCGACUAAAAAUUUAUCUGCGAGCCGUCUUUUCUAUCGCUGCCACUGUAUGGAACUCAAUGCAAUCCUCAUGAUUUAAAAAAAAAUUGUUCGUUAGUUCCGACUCUUAGGAGUAAUUAUUCCUUGGCGAGUAGUUAGGACUCUGGGUGCACUGGCCUCUAAAUGACUUCGCUAAGCAAGUAAGUAUGCCUUCCGCACCAGCGUCACGCUAGGAAAGCACAAAACCAAAGGUCUGUACAAUCGUAGCAGCCCCUGAACGCGCCUCUUUGAAAUGUAUAUUUCUGUAACAUGUUUAGGGACAAAUGAGGACGCUCAAUUCAGUGAUGAUGACCAUGUGCUGGACAGAUCCCGGAAUUUAUGUGUAUUUUUUAUAUAUGUUUUUCACCAAAUGUGCCACAUGUGAUCCGCUUCGAAGAGCCUUCAGCAAACUCCGCACGAAGGGUUGAGUCCUUGAAAACCCCAGCACCAAAUAGUCCCUGCUGUUCAAGACAUCUUCAAGGACAAGCGCGAGAGGUCAACGUUUGAUGUAUCCAUAACAGUUUCAUCCCACAUUGAACAAGAUGUCAUCACGCGCAACUUGUUCUGUACGUCUCAUCCUCAUGUGUGUUUAAGCAAAUAUAUAGAUAUAUAUAUUAUAUGUCU